UCGUUUGCCAUGAGGAGUUCUUGCUGCUGCUGCAUGCAAUUGCAAGCAUGGAUGAACUGCCGGGGUCGUUGGGAACCAGUGCCAGCUUGGCUCUGCGAUUCGGGCAGACCAUCUUCUCCACUGCCGCUCUUCUCUUCAUGUGCUUGGACGUCGAGUUCUACAGCUACACCGCUUUCUGCUAUUUGGUGACGGUAAUGGGUUUGGUAGUUCCGUGGAGCAUGACUCUGGUGAUCGUUGAUGCCUACUCUGUCUUCGUUAGAUGUUUGCAUCAUCAACCAAGAAUAAUUACAAUAAUUAUUUUAGGAGACUUGGCAUUGUCGUAUCUCUCACUCGCUGCAGCUUGCACGACAGCUAGUACCGCAAAUCUCCUACUGUAUCUCGACGGAUCCUACUGCCCCGCCAAGUUAUGUACAAGAUAUCAGUUAUCUGCUGCAAUGGCUUUCCUUUCUUGGUUUCUUUCACUAGGUUCCUCUCUGUUCAAUCUCUGGCUUCUUCCUUCUUUGUAAAGGUCCUGCUGGUUGUUGUCAUAUACAAAAAUUGAGCUCCACCGAGAUUAGAACAAUCGCGUCCAUAUACAGAAAUUUUUGGGAGAUAUAGAUAGGGUCGUUCUGAGACGAAGCUUAAAGAAAUGUAUACCUACAAAGUUAUUCUGUUGAAUUGUAUUUAUGAAGAAAAAGAAAUAGUUCGCAUUUUAA